CGGGAGGCUCCCGACGGCGACGCGACGACCAGAACAGGGGCCGGCGGGGCGGGCUGAAGGCUGGGCGCCCGGCAGCUGCCGGCAGAGAUGGAGAAGUUUCAGGCUGCGAUGCUGCUGGGGGCCGUGGGCGAUGCACUCGGGCACGGACACGCCUUCAGGAAGGGCAGCGCCUCAGGCCCCGAGCUCCAGAAGGAGCCGGGAAAGGUGGGGGGACUGGACCACCUGGUGCUCUCGCCAGAGAGGUGGCCGGUGAGCGACAACACCAUCAUGCACAUGACGACGGCAGGGGCCCUGGUCACAGACUUCUGGUGCCUGGACGACCUGUACCGUGAGAUGGUGCGACGCUACGUGGAUGCGCUCGAGAAGCUCCCAGGGCAGCGGGUAGACCCGGCCACCGUCGAGGGCUGCUCACAGCUGAAGCCUGACAACUAUCUCCUGGCCUGGCACACGCCCUUCAACGAGAAAGGCUCCGGGUUCGGCGCUGCCACCAAGGCGAUGUGCGUGGGCAUGCGGUACUGGCAGCCAGGGCGGCUGGAGACGCUGCUCGAGGUCAGCGUGGAGUGCGGCCGGAUGACACACAACCAUCCCACAGGCUUCCUCGGGUCCCUGUGCACGGCCCUGUUCGCGUCGUACGCCAUUCAGGGCAAGCGGCUGGAGCAGUGGGGACGAGACAUGCUGAGGACGGUCCCGCUGGCUGAGGAGUAUUGUAAGAGGACCAUCCGGCACCUGGCAGAAUACCAGGAGCACUGGUUUUACUUUGAAGCUAAAUGGCAGUUUUACUUGGAGGAGAGAAAAAUCAGUGAGGACACGGAGAACGAGGCCAGCUUUCCCGACCGCUACAACGCGGAGGAGAGGGACAAGACCUACAGGAAAUGGAGCUCGGAAGGUCGCGGGGGCCGGCGGGGCCACGACGCCCCCAUGAUUGCCUACGAUGCCCUUUUAGGAGCCAAGGGCAGCUGGACGGAGCUCUGCCACCGGGCCAUGUUCCACGGAGGUGAGAGCGGGGCCACGGGGGCCAUCGCCGGCUGCCUGUUUGGGCUGCUGCACGGCCUGGACGCCGUCCCCGCGGGCCUGUACCGCGAGCUGGAGCACAAGCAGCAGCUGCAGCACCUGGGCGAGGCGCUCUACCGCCUGUCCACGGAGGAGAAGUAAAGCCCCUUCCCCGCCCCCAGCCCCUGCCGGCCCGCCGGCGUCUCUGGGGCCCCGGGGGGCCACCCGCAGCUCAUGUGACAUCUUAGCUUUUCCUCCCGAUUUCAGAGGCCUAACUGCCGUAUAAAACACAUCGUUUGUCCCAUGAGAACAGUCUUCCCGUCCUGGCCAGGCUUAGUGCCUCACUGACGUCCCUCUGGACUCAGCAGCCUCCACCUCCAAACGCAAGGUCACGAAAGGCCUCUGGGACACUCGGUGUAUUUUAUUCUGUCGCAAAACUAACGCAUUUGCUCACUGAUUCCAAUAGCACCCAUAACCACGAUGGCUCUGCUCGGACGGCCUCCUCUGUCUGCAGGGCGCCCAGCGCGGCCUCUUUCUAGCUCUUAGACGUGCGGCCCGACACCUGCGCGCCUCGGGCUCCACAGCCUCACGGGGCCGCACCUGGCACUGCGUCUGCGUCCUCACCACCGCGUGCCCAGAGCCGCAGGAAGAGCGGCCGGCGCCGGCGCCUACGGGGCCACGCGCUGUGUUUAAGCUCCAGCCCACGUGAGUCAUCUCACUAGAUUUAACACCAGCCUCUCUCAGAACGACUAACUGAUGCAGCCAGGAAACAGGGGCCUCGUGCGGCCCGCAUCCUCCCAUGUGCCGCCCUGCGCCGGGCUCGCUGGCCCUGUUCCCCGUGGCGGGGGCUUCUCCACGCUUGCUCUUGGUAAAAAUAACCU